AUGGGUAACCAGUUCAAGAACGUAGCAUUGAUUGCUUGCCUAAAAACAUUACUGUUCAUCUUCAACAUUGUAUUUUGGGUAACAGGACUACUAUUUCUCGUGGCGGGAUUAUGGGCAGAGUUCGAUCUAUACAAGUACAUGGAGUUGUCAACGGAGUUCUCAGGGACGGCUUCGUACGUUAUGAUUGGCAUCGCAAGUCUGAUCGUCCUCAUCAGUUCCAUGGCCUUCUCUUGUAUCAUCAAGGGGCAACCAGUGCUGCUUUAUAUCUACGGAGGUUUCCUAGCGUGCAUCUUUAUGAUGAACGUAGGAAUUACGGCUUCGGUGAUCUGCUACCGUGAUACCUUCGCCAAGGGUCUCCACGACGGACUCACACAGACUGUUAGAAACUACGAUCCACAUAAGGCUAACUUCGACUUCGCACAAUCAACGCUUCAAUGUUGUGGUGUUUCCAACUACACUGACUGGAUAAGAUCCUCACCACAAAAAAUAAUACCGGUGUCAUGCUGCUUGGAUCCAACUCACUGCGUUACGGCUAAUUACAGCGAUGUGUACCAAAGGGGUUGUUAUGAAGUGAUUGUUCAUUAUUUGUCGGCCAAUAUGGAAAUAUUCAUCAGCGUAGCUGUUGUGACUGCCCUUCUUCCAUUAUUUGGAUCAAUCUUAUCGUGUAUACUUGCAACUUACAUCAAGAAGUCCAAAUAUGAUGUCAUAAAUUAA